GUUCGCUGUUAAUACUUGUCUGUAUGUGUGGUUUGAUCAACCCUACGCCAGACUCAUGCAUAUAAUAAUUUUGGUUUGAAGUAGCACUGCGCCUUUAAAUAUUAAAUAAAUCUGUGAUCAUGUUUUCUGCCAUCAGAAAGAUACGUCAGUUAGUUUUAAACAAGAAUACUAGCAAGGUUCUUGAGUGCUCGUACUUACCGCACACGCUGCCACGUGUGCGAGUGGCAAGUUAUUCAAUCGCCUUUAGUCAAAGCAAAUCAGUAUAUUCCACAACCUCGACAGAUAGUAUAAAAGUGGAUGGUCUAUUUGCACCCUUGCUGACACGGGCCACGACAUUCGGAGACAGGACCGCGAUUCUGGACACAGACGGGGCAUACACUUAUAGGGAUUUGUUGAGAGACUCGGCCGGCUUGUCAAACACCAUAAUUGACAACGUACACGCACCAUUGGAGCAGACCAAAGAACCUACCGUUGCAUUCUUGACCCCUAGAGACUACUCAUAUACAGCAGCGCUAUAUGGCACAUGGUUAUCAGGAGCCAUUGCCGUGCCCCUGUGCACAAGCCAUCCAGGUGAAGAGUUGGAAUACGUGCUACGGUAU